CGGUGUUCAUUCAAGGUUGUGCAGUUAGUGUGGGUCCUGGGGGUCCUGUGGUCCUGCAGCCCUCUGCAACCCGCACCCCCAUUCGUCGCCCUGUCUUGUCGUCUGCCCUGUCUCUUCCGUUCGCUCCGGUGCAGUCCAGUUCUCUCUGGUGCUUUCGGGUUGUGUCCUCUCCUCUUCCUCUACUGUCCCGAAAUACCAUGCUCUACGAAUGGUGUUCAAGACUUGGGCGUAGGCGUUCGUGUCAAAGACAUUUAAGUGAUCAAAAAUAUUGUUGCUUAGGAUGUCAACUCACAAAGUAACUGGCACAAGUUCAUUUCGAAACAUGAACAGUUUUAGUGAUAUACUAGAAGAACGUCGCCACUCAAGUGAUGUGGCAUGGAUAACCAGAGAAUGGAAUCCUAUUCGUACUGUGAGAGAUGCUCAAGCCACAAAUCCAAUAGAUGUCAGAAAGGCAGUGCUUAACAGCAUGCGUAUUAAGGAAGUAAUUAAAGAGCUAAGUCAAGAACGUGGUAUUGCUCCUGAAGUAUUGUAUAAAGAAGUGGAGGAACAACUAACAGAAAUUGGUCAUAAUCGACAAAUAUCUAUUGUUAGGUGGAUUGGCUUAUUUGUCACAAAAGUUUUGAAAAAGACAUGCUCAAACCUAAUGGUGAAUGAGGAAGCUAUUUCCAAGUUGAAGUCCUCUAUGGGAAACACUCCAGUAAUAUUUGCUCCAAGUCAUCGCAGCUAUGCUGACUUUAUUCUCAUGGCAUACAUUUGUUUUCACUACUCCAUUGAAAUACCAUGUGUGGCUGCAGGCGUGGAUUUUAUGGCAAUGUGGCUCAUGGGUACCUUGCUUCGAGAUUGCUGUGCCUUUUUUAUGCGAAGGCAAUUUUCUGGAGACAAACUUUAUUACACAGUCUUUAGUGAAUACGUGCAGACACUUAUUUGCCAAGGUACUGCACCAGUUGAAUUCUUCAUUGAAGGAACGCGCAGCAGAAGUGCUAAGUCUCUUGUUCCUAAGUUUGGAUUUUUGUCUAUGGCUUUGGAGCCUUUUCUCACAGGGCAAAUUCCUGAUGUUCUUGUUGUCCCCAUUAACAUCAGUUAUGAUAGAAUCUUGGAGGAAAAGCUGUUCUCAUAUGAGCUGCUGGGAGUGCCAAAACCCAGAGAAUCAACUUCAGGUUUGAUAAAGGCACUAAAUGCUCUGGAUGAAAAGUAUGGUAAAAUAUACGCAGAUUUUGGUGAAGCCAUUUCAGUUCGUGACUUUCUUAAGAGUCACAUGUUCCAAAGAUCAAGUCAUUCAAUGGGACCAAUUCAUUUACAGUCACUUUCUGAUCAGGAAAUGUCAAUGAUAAGGAUUCUUUCUCAUCAAAUAGUACGCAGCCAACAGCAAAUCAGUGUUCUCUCUCCAUUCCAUUUAGUAGCAGUUAUCUUGAAUAAUAAUCUAUUGACAAAUGGGACAUUUGAUAUGCAGCUCUCUGAGUUGGUUAAGGAAGUAGCUUGGUUCCGGUCGGUUAUUGAAAUGUUUGGUGCUACAGUAGAUAUAUCAGGGGAUGUUGAGAUAUGUGUUCGAGAGGCAUUGCAUGUUCAUAAGUCUCUAAUUACUUUAUUACCUGAUGGAGGAGUGCAACUAAAGGCGGUACAUACUCCAGGAACAAAAGUUGAUGUUUCAAGGCUCAAAGGUCAUGCGUUAUUGGAUGACACAAUGAAUCGUGCAGUACCUCUUUUAAUGCUUCAACACUAUGUGAAUCCAACACUUCAUUUCCUUGCUAACCCAGCUAUGAUCACCACAGUCAUGCAACAUUUGGAACCUAGUGGAGAGAUUAGUAGAGACAAUCUAUUUCCAAGAUACCAGCUUGUGAGAGGGAUGCUUUCUCAUGAAUUUGUCAUGCACAAAACUUGGGAGGAGAAGGACUUUGACGAAGCUUUGAGAGUUCUCGACCUUGUGAACAUAGUCGAAACCACUUCAGCAGGCCUAUUAAGUUUGGGAAACCAUCGUAAAUUGCAAGUGUUGCUGUGCAAUGUCUUACAUCCAUUUUUUGCUGGAUAUCUUGCUCUCAGUCAAACAUUAGCUCAGGUAUGUGGUGAAGCUCGUCCAGAAAGACUGGUUCUUUGUGAAGCUCAGCGCAGAGUAGAAAUGGGUCUUAAGUCAGGGGAAGUGUCACAUCCUGCAGCGCUUUCCCUUGAUGGCCUUAGUUGUGGACUACAAGCACUUGUAUCUGUUGGUGCAAUACAUAAAAUUAGAAGGGGAGAGGAAGUCCUCUAUGUUGCCAAUUUAAAAGAACUGAAAGUUGUCACAGAACAUUUGGAGACUUUGGUUGCCCUUCAUGGUAUGGAUCACAAGUGGAGCUGGCAACAACUGGAACUACAUCAAUCUCUUCCUGCUAAACUAUGAUUUUAUUUUUUAUUUUUUUUCACUGACUUGUAUUCACUAUUUCUACAGUGCCCAUGUAUGAUUCUUCCCAUUCUUACAUAAGGUAGACGUAGUCAUUAAGCAUUUUUGUUCAAGUAGAUUUGAUACAAAAUUUUAUUUCCUGGAACCACAUUAUCUGUAAGUUAUCAGAAGUAGUUACUGUAGGUCAGUCACGUUUGUAUGAAUUCACUGGACUUUACUCCAAGCAUAAUUUUACUAUAUCUAUUCUGUACUUGUAUUAUCUUCUUAUCCUAGCUUGUUUAUAUGGUUGACUUACUUUGACAUUGCAGUCUUUGCAGUCCAUAUGUUACUUACUUACUAUAACUAGUAACAUUCUAGUUCUGAAAUAUGUAUACAUUCUCCAUGUACAUAGUGUAUCUAUCAAAAAUUCAUUUACCAUUACAUUAUUUAUUUCCAGUUAACAUUCACAAAUGGUACAUAUGUUGUUUCAUUUCAUCUCAUUUGUAUGGGAAUUCUUCACGCCUAACAUUGGACAAUUAAUUGUUUAAAAU